AGCACAUGUACUCAAUAGAUGUCGACUCCCUGUUCACAAACGUGCCUCUACGUGAGACGGUUGAAAAUUUGUGUGAUUUCAUCGCGAGUCAAAACAUGUCUGUUGGCCUGCCGCUGGAGUAUUUGAGGGAUAUGAUUCUAUUGUGCACGGAAAAUAUACGGUUCGAGUUUGAGGGGACUGCUUAUAAACAGAUCGACGGCGUCGCCAUGGGUAGCCCUCUGGGACCAGUACUAGCAGACAUUUUUCUCGGUUUGAUAGAAAGACAAGUUACUGCCAGCAUUUGUGAAGCUACGUUGUACAAGCGGUAUGUGGACGACAUCCUAGUCUUCACCACCGACGAACAUUUUGCGCGGCUGUUGGAAGCUCUGAAUUCAAUUCAUCCAAACCUAUCGGUGUCCCAUGAGUUGGAGCAACAUGAUAGUCUGCCAUUUUUGGAUAUACUCAUUAAGAGACGGACUGAUGGUACACUGCAGCGUACGGUUCAUCGCAAGGCAACUUGGAGUGGGCAGUACCUCCACUUUUCCAGCUUUGCCCCGGUCGCAUACAAACGUGGCCUAGUGAAAACGCUUUUCUACAGAGCCAGACGAAUAUGCAGCCCCGAAAUGUUGCAAGCUGAAGAAGAAUUUUUGUUCAAAACCUUGGUGUCGAAUGGGUAUCCUGAGAAGUUCGUUCAGAUCCACAGCAGGCCUCCCAAGGAGAAAAUACCGGUGUUAACCGCAGAGAAAAAGAAUGUUUACUUGUUCCUGCCGUUCAAAGGAGACCACGUAUCAAAUGAUAUCGGACAUAAACUCCGGUCCGCCGUUACGCGCACCUACGCGACCGCCCAGUUGCGACUCAUUCAUACAACGCGAAGCCUUGUUCUUCAUGACCGUCAGAGCAACUCAUCAGUCAGUUCGGCCUCUCACGUCGUUUACCAGUUCACCUGCGGUUGCGGUGACAUUUACAUAGGCAGGACUGACCGUCAGUUAGCUCAGAGGGUAGCUGAACAUGUGCCGAGGUGGUUGGAACAACUGAUGACGCAACAAAACGGAGUGGAUCCGAGGAUGAACCGGAGUCCCGCAUCGUCUAUCACCAAGCAUCUCUUGGCAACCCGACAUCAGGUGAACCCGGAGACUGCGUUCAAGGUGUUGUUACGUAACAACAAUCCGCUAAUCUUGGCAAUCAGUGAGGCCUUGUUAAUUAGGGCUUAUCAACCUGUGUUGUGUGCACAGAAACUAUUGAGACAAUCAAUUAAGUUACCGUGGUCUUGAUUUUAACAUUUUGAUUGGUGUAUCAACCUUUUCCCCCUGUAUAUAACUGUCCAUGAAUCCCGCUUGUAUUGUGUUUUGCGACUGAUGAGAACAAUCGAAAUGUUAACAUAUCGCAACAUAUGUCUUCUCACUGCUCUGACUAAAUGGCUGAAGGGGACCCACUGUUUUACCUUUCUGAAAAGAAGACUCCCCGUUACCGUUGCGAGGGCAUUAGAUCGAUUGUUAUCUUUGCGCUGCAAGUUAACUGUGGAACGCACUCGGAGAGAUUUUUACGAAGGAUGUAUCCGUUCAUGUUGUUUUCCGCGACGAUUUGCCAAGACGCUGUCAAGCAAUAAGUUACCGAUUAACAACACCAAUCUAGCAAGGGUAGCGUCGGCGCACAUCGAUGCCUGUCUUGAACGAGAAAGAAAGUUCCUCGAGACGCAGAGACGGUUCGCAUGCGUGCUCAAAGAUUUGUCGUUGGUUUGCCGGUUGAAAUUUGAGGUCUUUUCCGCUGACAUUAUCCGUCGCACAAGAACGAAAACAGUCCGCAAUCUGCAGGGUUCCCUUGCAAAAGCCCCAAAUGCUGCCUUCCCUACUGAGUGCUUAAAGCAUGUAUACAAUCUGUCAUCCGUACAUUUCACGCGCACACAAAUGGAAGUUCUCUCACUUGGACUGAAGUACCGAUUGCCGCCAAAAGCUAUAGAUAAGCUCAACACGCAAGCUCAGUUUGAGUAUUUGAAUGAACAGCUCAGUGACCAUACGCCAAGAUCAAUGGAAGAUGCAGGUUGGUUCCGGGCAAAAUUGGUAGAUAUUGCGAACCAAUACUUGAACACGCCGAUAAGCCAGAGAUGCUGUCUGAAAGCCGAACACUAUACAGCGAUCAAGGAGUUAAAACAAAUGGGACACCUAAUGUUUCUGCAGCCGGAUAAGGGAUCAGGCAUUGUGAUAAUGGACCGGUCUGACUACGUUGCAAAGAUGGAAUCUAUUUUGCGGGACAGACGGAAAUUCCAGUUAGACAAGACACCAGAAAACAACAUAUUGGUCGAGAAGCAAGUGGCGAGGAAACUGCAGAUUCUCUUACUACAUGGUUACAUCAAUGACUCGCAAUACAGACGGUUGAAACCGACCGGCACUCAGACACCCAGAAUGAGGGGCGCCCCCAAAUUACACAAGGCAGGUAACCCACUGCGCCCGAUUAUGUGUAUGAACAACUCACCGUAUCACAACGUUGCGCGGUGGCUAGCGAAAAUGUUGGAGCCAGUACGCAAACUCCUGACUACAUAUUGUCUAAAGGACUCCUUUGAAUUGGUCGAGACACUGGAACAUGUGUCGCUGGGUGCGGAGCACAUGUACUCAAUAGAUGUCGACUCCCUGUUCACAAACGUGCCUCUACGUGAGACGGUUGAAAAUUUGUGUGAUUUCAUCGCGAGUCAAAACAUGUCUGUUGGCCUGCCGCUGGAGUAUUUGAGGGAUAUGAUUCUAUUGUGCACGGAAAAUAUACGGUUCGAGUUUGAGGGGACUGCUUAUAAACAGAUCGACGGCGUCGCCAUGGGUAGCCCUCUGGGACCAGUACUAGCAGACAUUUUUCUCGGUUUGAUAGAAAGACAAGUUACUGCCAGCAUUUGUGAGGCUACGUUGUACAAGCGGUAUGUGGAUGACAUCCUAGUCUUCACCACCGACGAACAUUUUGCGCGGCUGUUGGAAGCUCUGAAUUCAAUUCAUCCAAACCUAUCGGUGUCCCAUGAGUUGGAGCAACAUGAUAGUCUGCCAUUUUUGGAUAUACUCAUUAAGAGACGGACUGAUGGUACACUGCAGCGUACGGUUCAUCGCAAGGCAACUUGGAGUGGGCAGUACCUCCACUUUUCCAGCUUUGCCCCGGUCGCAUACAAACGUGGCCUAGUGAAAACGCUUUUCUACAGAGCCAGACGAAUAUGCAGCCCCGAAAUGUUGCAAGCUGAAGAAGAAUUUUUGUUCAAAACCUUGGUGUCGAAUGGGUAUCCUGAGAAGUUCGUUCAGAUCCACAGCAGGCCUCCCAAGGAGAAAAUACCGGUGUUAACCGCAGAGAAAAAGAAUGUUUACUUGUUCCUGCCGUUCAAAGGAGACCACGUAUCAAAUGAUAUCGGACAUAAACUCCGGUCCGCCGUUACGCGCACCUACGCGACCGCCCAGUUGCGACUCAUUCAUACAACGCGAAGCCUUGUUCUUCAUAACCGUCAGAGCAACUCAUCAGUCAGUUCGGCCUCUCACGUCGUUUACCAGUUCACCUGCGGUUGCGGUGACAUUUACAUAGGCAGGACUGACCGUCAGUUAGCUCAGAGGGUAGCUGAACAUGUGCCGAGGUGGUUGGAACAACUGAUGACGCAACAAAACGGAGUGGAUCCGAGGAUGAACCGGAGUCCCGCAUCGUCUAUCACCAAGCAUCUCUUGGCAACCCGACAUCAGGUGAACCCGGAGACUGCGUUCAAGGUGUUGUUACGUAACAACAAUCCGCUAAUCUUGGCAAUCAGUGAGGCCUUGUUAAUUAAGGCUUAUCAACCUGCGUUGUGUGCACAGAAACUAUUGAGACAAUCAAUUAAGUUACCGUGGUCUUGAUUUUAACAUUUUGAUUGGUGUAUCAACCUUUUCCCCCUGUAUAUAACUGUCCAUGAA